GAACAUAGAUUCAUCACGCGGUGUCCCGUUAAUGGCUGCCUUGACCCGCGCUAACAUGUCAGAUCUCGUGGCAGCAAGCAUGAUUGUUUGCUGAUGGAGGAUGGGGUCCUCAUGGCAUUUGACCUUGUGCUGUCUCCGCAACGCCAGCAUGUCUUGCAUGCUUGCCGUGGGAGUCACGAUGGUCCGUCGAUAUCCACCCUUUUAUGAUGCUGGGAUGCGUGUGCUUGCUAUAUAGGUAGGAAGCCCAGGUUUGCGAGAGGGAGGUAGAAGGGGGUGAUGAUGUUGAAUCUUGCCUUUGUACCAGCAAGCAUCAAAACAUGGAGGACAGCUACGAGUAUCAAGACAAUGGGCGUCAGCAACGGCUUGGGUUCUGGCUAUUGCCAUUCAACAAAGCCGCCGCUGCCCUGGUGAGCUGCCAUCCACAUAACGUCGAGCGGUACUCCUACGACCAACACACCAGAGGCAUCUGGAUAGACUUUUCGAACCCCGAGAAACAAAAAUACACUGUUGGCUGCAGUGACUCUGUCGACAUAUACCUCCCACAAGUCUGGAACUCGACUGGUUCAUCAGGCAUAUCAGAACGGCACGCCUCCUUCAGAGCCGUCACAGACACUGGUCCUAUCCUCCUAUGCGACGAGUCCGAGUACCUCUCCACAGAGCCCUUCCCCCACGGCAGUCAUUCAUACACGGUGAACUAUCGACGGGAAGGCGAACGAUCAGUCUUGGUGGCCCAAGGGAUCAACUCACUGGUAGCUUUUGGUCAUGGCAGGUUCUAUCAGUUUGAGUUGCGAUGGGAAAAUGAUGGUCUUGAUGAGUUUCGCACGGCACCACCAAUUCUCUACGCUUUGGGUCCAAGCCGUACCAAGACAAAGACGUAUGUGCUAGGGGGAAAAGUAGGAGGAGGCACAUUUGGAAACGUCUACCGCGCUAUGCAUGUCGCUACUGGGAGUGUCAUGGCAGUCAAGAAAUGCCAUUGUCUGACCAGCAAACGCCUCGACUUUGCCUCGAGGGAGAUCGCCACCCUUCUCAAGAUCAACAGCACCGACGAGUCAACACCGUGUGACCACAUCAUCCAAAUCCUCGGUUACACCACCACCCCGGACGGCUGGGCCGAAAUCUACCUCCCCCUCAAAUCAGGCAACCUCAAAACCCUCGUCUCCAAGAUCCUCCCUCCCUCUUCCCAUUUCCACGUCUCCAACCUUGUCCUCCACCAAAUGCUCCUCGCUCUUCAUCACCUCGGCCAACACAACAUCAUCCACCGCGACCUCAACCCCGAAAACAUCCUCUGGGAGCACUCCCCUUCAGGAACAGGAGACUACCACUUCACCCUAGCCGAUUUCGGCCUUUCCACCUCUACUUCCAUUUCCACGUCCACCCUCCCCAAUACAAAAAACAACCACUCCAAGCGUAUUUUUUUCUCCCCAGCCUCCCGAGCCUCCCGAGCCACAGAAGUAGUUGAAAUAGCCGGCACAACACCCUUCAUGGCCCCCGAGAUGUACCACACACCACUGAAACAACAAACGUCCAAGGUAGACAUCUGGUCGCUGUUUGCGACGAUCGUUUGGGUGCGCGACAAGCGCUUUCGAAAGGGGUGUGAGCUGGUGGGGCCACAUUUGGUGCAUGUGUGGCUGAACAGGAUUGCAGCGGGAAACAAGAAGGGUGGGGAGGGGGGAUACGAGGUAAUUAGGAGGAUGGCGUGCUUUGAUCCGGGGAGGAGGCCGUCGGCUGAGGAGCAGUUGGAGAUUUUGGAGAUGGAGGAGGAGGCUGAGAUGGAGGAGUUGGAGGAGGAGAUGCCGUAUUAUCGGCAAGAUGAACCGCCGCCUAUGACCGGAGCGAUAGGGAAUUAUGGAUGGAAUGGGACGGGUAGCGCAUGGUCUAGUGAGGGAUAUGCGCUUCCCAUGGAAGUACCGUGGGAUCAAGAGGGAUGGAUUCCAGGCUCUGAUGGCCAUUAUAGUUUGGCAAAGAGACCAGGGGACGAAGCCGAUGCCGCCAUGGCGAUGUGGAAGGCCUGGUACCUCGCAACGAACGGAUAG